AUGUCCCGGGCCGCGGCCUUCGGUUCGCCCCAGGUGUGCACCGGCAACGGCGACGUGGCCUUGCCCUAUGGAGACGUGCACUACUUCGGCCUGGGUCUGAGCGUGAUGAUCUUCUUGGUCUUCAUCCAGGUGGUGGGCUCUCCCUUCAUGAAGAACUGCUCCGUUGCCUUGGCGCUCUUCUUCGGCUUCUUCGUGGCGGGCGUCUCCUCCUACACCGCAGAGGAUGGCACCUCUCUGCCGUACGUGAACGGCGACAAGAUCGAGCAAGCCGGCGUCUUCACCUUCCUCUGGACCGCCCCUGUCGCACUUCCCGAGACUUCCCGUGUUUCUUACCACCCGCAAAGCAAAUUGCAAAAGACCACCACCUUCAACAUCGGCUUCUACCCUCCAGCUUUCAUCCCUCUGCUGCUGGGUUUCGUGAUCACGGCGGUGGAGACGGUCGGUGACAUUCAGGCCUCGUGCGAUGUCAGUGGCCUGCCCAUCGAGGGCCCAGAUGCCGACUCCCGUAUCCAGGGCGGCCUGCUUGCUGAUGGCGUGAACAGUUUCCUGGCCUGCUUGAUGACUUGCCCGCCCAACACGACCUUCUCGCAGAACAACGGUGUGAUCGCCAUCACGCGCUGCGCCUCCCGGGCCGCGGGCAUCGCCUGCUGCUUCUGGCUCAUCGUUCUGGGCUGUUUUGAGAAGUUCGGAGCUGCCAUCGCCUCCAUUCCCGAUGCUGUGCUGGGUGGCAUGACCACCUUCCUCUUUGCCAACGUGCUCGUCUCCGGCAUCAACAUCGUGGGUGGCAGCGGGCAGAUGGGUCGGCGAACGCGCUUCAUCCUCGCCGUCUCCCUCGGCGUCGGCGUCGGAGUCGCGGCCCUUCCCAACUGG